AGGCAAGGUAACCCCAUGGCAAGGCGCAAGCCAGAAGGGUCCAGCUUCAACAUGACCCACCUGUCCAUGGCUAUGGCCUUUUCCUUUCCCCCAGUUGCCAGUGGGCAACUCCACCCUCAGCUGGGCAACACCCAGCACCAGACAGAGUUAGGAAAGGAACUUGCUACCACCAGCACCAUGCCCUACCAAUAUCCAGCGCUAACCCUGGAGCAGAAGAAGGAGCUGUCUGACAUCGCUCACCGCAUCGUGCUGGCUGCUGUCUACAAGGCUCUGAGCGACCACCACAUCUACCUGGAAGGCACCUUGCUGAAGCCCAACAUGGUUACCCCAGGCCACGCCUGCACUCAGAAGUUUUCUCACGAGGAGAUUGCCAUGGCAACUGUCACAGCACUUCGCCGCACAGUUCCCCCCGCUGUCCCUGGGAUCACCUUCCUUUCUGGAGGCCAGAGUGAGGAGGAGGCAUCCAUCAACCUCAACGCCAUCAACAAGUGCCCCCUGCUGAAGCCCUGGGCCCUGACCUUCUCCUAUGGCCGAGCCCUGCAAGCCUCUGCCCUGAAGGCCUGGGGUGGGAAGAAGGAAAACAAGAAGGCGGCGCAGGAGGAGUACAUCAAGCGUGCCCUGGCCAACAGCCUCGCCUGUCAAGGAAAGUACACCCCAAGCGGUCAGGCUGGGGCUGCUGCCAGUGAGUCCCUCUUCAUCUCUAACCAUGCCUACUAAGCGGAGGUGUUCCCAGGCUGCCCCCAACACUCCAGGCCCCGCCCCCUCCCACACUGUUGAAGCAGGGGCCUCCUGCUCCGGGUCUUCAAACUGGCUUGCCCACGCUCUUGCCUCCCUUGUGACAGUCGUGUGUGGUGUCGUCUGUGAAUGCUAACUCCAUCGCCCUUUCCAGCACACUGCCAAUAAACAGCUAUUUAAGGGGGAGUCUGCCA